CCGGAAUCAAAAAGAUAUCCUUCUCGAUUCCGUUGCGUGUAAAGAGUCAAACCUUUGAAAUUGCGACGAUAAUCAGAGAAAGAGAAGAGCUACAGUGACAGAAAUGGGUCAUGCAAGCUCUAAAGGUCUUCCAGAUGCAAGCGAGGAAGACUCCUCCCGCCUUUCUCGGUUGAAGCAGAAGCUUCACAUCAAUCGUAACCACCACCAUCGCCAACGUCUCCGUCGCAUUUUCCGUCGUUCUCAUGGAAACAGUUCAGGCUCUAGUGGUUCUUGUCUCAAACUCGUUUCUGCUGAGGAUUUCGCUGGAAUCGCGCUUCUUACUCUCGUUAGCGCGGAGAUGAAAUUUAAAGACAAGUGGCUUGCUUGUGUUUCUCUUGGAGAGCAGACUUACCGUACAGAGAUUUCUGAUCAGACAGAGAAACCUGUUUGGAACUCGGAGAAGAAACUUCUUUUGGAAAGAAAUGGGCCUCAUGUUGCUAGGAUAUCCGUAUUUGAGACCAAUAGAAUAUCAAAGAACAAUAUUGUUGGCUAUUGUGAAAUUGACUUGCUAGAGUUUUUAACACAGGAUUCAGAUUCUGACUUUGAGGUCUUUGAACUCUUUGACCCUUCCUCAUCUGAUAUAGUUGUUGGCAAAAUUUCCCUUUCAUGCUCUGUUGAGGAUCCAAUUGAAACAGAGAAAAGCUUUGCAAGACGCCUCUUGUCAAUUGUGGAUUACAAUCAAGAUGGGCGGCUUUCAUUCUCCGAAUUCUCUGACUUAAUUAAGGCUUUUGGCAAUCAAGUGGCAGCUAACAAGAAAGAGGAGCUUUUUAAAGCUGCUGACAAGAACGGGGACGGUUUUGUGAGCAUGGAUGAGUUGGCAGACCUUCUUGCUAUUCAACAAGAAAAAGAGCCUCUUAUUAAUUGUUGCCCUGUUUGUGGUGAGAUUCUUGGAGUUUCUGAUAGGCUGAACACUGUGGUACAUUUGAGCCUCUGUUUUGAUGAAGGGACUGGAAACGAAGCUAUGACAGGAGGAUUUCUGACUGAUAAGGAAGCUUCAUAUGGGUGGAUGUUUAAACUGAGUGAGUGGGCACACUUUUCUUCAUAUGAUGUUGGUUUGAACUUUGGGUCCAGUGCUUCACAUAUUCUGGUAUUUGAUCGAAAGACAAAGAGGCUAGUGGAGGAGUUAAUUGAUGGGAAGAUUGUGAUGUCAAUGAGAGCACUUUACCAAUCAAAGAUAGGACUUUGCCUUAUGGAUUCAGGGGCUAAAGAAAUCCUGUAUAAAAUUUCUGAGAAGCAGGGAAGGAAAAUGAACUCUGCUGAAUCUGCAGAAGACAUUCCAAAAUUUGUUGAAUUUUUUAAGGAUCAGAUCAAGUUGGAUGAAGUCAAGUACCCUUUGGAACAUUUUAAGACAUUCAAUGACUUUUUCAUAAGGGAGCUAAAGCCUGGUGCAAGACCAAUUGCUUUCAUUGAACGUGAUGAUGUUGCCAUUUGUGCAGCUGAUAGCCGUCUGAUGGCAUUUAAAAAUCUAGAAGACAGUUUAAGAUUUUGGAUCAAGGGCCGGAAAUUUUCAAUUCAAGGACUUUUGGGAAAAGAAAUAUGUCCUAGCACUUUUGUCGAUGGAGCUUUGAUCAUUUUUCGAUUGGCACCUCAGGAUUAUCACCGUUUUCAUUUUCCAGUUUCUGGAAUCAUUGAUCAAUUUGUAAAUGUGCCUGGAAAUUUAUAUACAGUUAAUCCUAUUGCUGUCAAUAGUGAGUAUUGUAAUGUUUUCACGGAGAACAAGAGAGUUAUAUCAAUCAUUUCGACUGCAGAAUUUGGAAAGGUGGCAUUUGUAGCAAUUGGAGCAACUAUGGUUGGCAGCAUCACAUUUCUGAAAAAGGAGGGUGACUAUGUCAAUAAAGGAGAUGAGUUCGGAUAUUUCUCAUUCGGUGGAAGCACAGUGAUUUGUGUCUUUGAAAAGGAUUCAAUUCUGAUAGACGAAGAUCUCCUUGCCAAUAGUGCUCGAUCACUUGAGACCUUAGUUUCUGUCGGAAUGAAGUUGGGUGUUGCUACAAGGAAACAAUCUGAAAUUGAUUUGCCCAACUUGGAAAAUUGUGUGCUAGAAGCUUGAGAGAGCUCAAACAUUUCACAUGAUUUGGUUCCAUGUGUUGUGGAGUUCCACGCAAAUGUCAAAUAUGCAAAGGUAUUAGUGCUCAUUAGUUUCUUCUGUUACUUUAAAGGAUUAGUUCCAUGGCUAUCUUAAUACAAAACUUUGGUGAUUGUAUUAGCUGGAGAAACUUAUUCAACUAUGGAUUUUGAUUUGUUUUUCAAAUAAAAAGCAUAGAAGUUUAAGUUUUGAAAUUUAAA